AUGUCCCGAGGAGUUAUGAUCGAGGAGGUCACAUGUCCAUUCAGCCGAGUGGAGACCUUGAGCUCGAGCAUCAUGCUUGAGCUCUUACCAAGUUUGGAUUGUGCCUCAAGAACAAGUUCCUCAGGAUCCUCAGUUGGAGCUUCUUUUUCUGAAAGUUUACCUGGGACAGCUAAUGAAAGUCCGGACUUGAGUGGAUGUUCAAACUCUUUGGUUAAGGACUCUACCAAUCAAUACAUGAGACUUGAUGGAACAAUGUCUGUUGGUGCCAGAGACAACGCCGUGAAAGAUUUCAAUACCAAUCCCGAGGUUACUGUUAUGAUAAUGUCUCUGAAAGCUACAAGUCUUGGACUGAACAUGGUUGCUGCUUGUCAUGUCCUCCUCCUGGACCUGUGGUGGAACCCAACCACUGAAGAUCAAGCCAUUGACAGAGCACACCGUAUUGGGCAGACACGUCCGGUUUCAGUUUUGCGGCUGACAGUGAAAGAUACAGUAGAAGAUCGCAUUUUGGCUCUUCAGCAAAAGAAGAGGGUGAUGGUUUCAUCUGCAUUUGGAGAGGAUGAGACUGGUAGCCGUCAAACACGGCUUACUGUGGAUGACCUGAAAUAUCUAUUCAUGGCUGAUUAA